AUGAGAGUAACAGCAACAACAGCAGCAACCACAGCAGCAGUACCCACGAAAUACCAACAGUUGAACCUGCACACAGCAGCAGCAGCAGCAGCAGCAGCAGCAACAUCAGCAGCAGGAGCAGCAGCAGCAUCAGCAGCAGCAGCAGCAGCAGCACCAUCACCACCAUCAGCAGCACCAUCAGCAGCACCAUCACCAGCAGCAGCAGCACCAUCACCAGCAGCACCAUCACCACCAUCACCAUCACCAGCAGCAGCACCAUCACCAGCAGCAUGGCAGCAGCAGCAGCAGCAGCAGCAGCAGCAACAUCAGCAGCAGGAGCAGCAGCAACAUCAGCAGCAGCAGGAACAGCAGCAGCAGCAGCCGCAGCACCACCACCACCAUCACCAGCACCAUCACCACCAGCAGCAGCAGCACCAUCACCAGCAGCAGCAGCAGCAGCACCAUCACCACCAUCACCAUCAGCAGCAGCAGCACCAUCACCACCACCACCACCAUCACCAUCACCAUCACCAGCACCAUCACCAGCAGCAGCAGCAUCAGCACCAGCAGCAGCAGCAGCAGCAGCAGCAGCAGCAGCAGCAGCAGCAGCAGCAGCAGCAGCAUACGUGCGUCCAAAGACGAGUGCAUCGAGAAGCAUAG